AUGACCAUUGUUCUCCGUAGAAUUUCUGACCGACCCAACACAGAACCUCCGUGUUCUUCCGAUCAACGAAUCAAAACCCUAAACCUGAACUUUGCCCAACAACCGUAUCCGAUCAUGGCCACCGACGACGGCCAUGAUUUACUUCGCAAGCACCGUCGCUCCUUCGCUCCGGAGGACGCCGACCGAUCCUCGAAGCGCCACCGCCACCGCCAUGGAAGCAGAAAUCACGUCGAAGAAAGUGCACGUGAUUGUGAAACCGCCGAUUGUGAAACUGCUCCGGCGUCUUCUUCUCCGAUUCUGCCUCGUAGCUCUGGCACAAACCGUCGCGUCCCCAAUGACGACGUCGAGGAGGGAGAAAUUCUCGAAGAAGUGGAUGGCGAUAUCGCCAAACUACACGCGCAACCCGAUGCUAAGCCUUGGGAAAUUGGCGUGACCGGAGAUCAAGAUAUUCGAUCUAAUAACGCAAAUCUGAGACAUUUUGUCAGGGAAACUUUGUUGCAUGCUAAAGAUUUGAAAGCUAGAACACAGAGGACUGUUGAUGAUAAAUUUAUUGGUCCUGAUGACGAAGACGAGGACGAGGCAUGCCGACGGAGUCACGUUGGCAGUGGAAUACAUGAAGAUGGUAUGGGCAAUGGGCUUUCGGAUGCAAAGGAUGGUAGAGCUAGUACCGAUUCUUUGGCCAAUGGGCAUCUGGAUCAUAAAUCUUCGAGAAAGGAUAUGAAGCGUGGUGGGGAAUAUAGAGGUUUGAAGGGAAAUGAUAAACAAAAAGAUUAUUGUGAUGACGAGGAGUUGGAGCUUGACGGAAGGAAAGUUGGUUACUGCAGAAUCUCUUCCUCAGAAGGUGGAGGAGAGAAAUAUGGAAGAUCUAGGCGGUCACGUUCUCGUGAGAGAUAUAGAAGUCCAUCAAGAUCAAAUGGUCGUGCUAGGGACAGGUCUUGUUCUGGUAGUAUAGCAGAAGAAAAUGCUCAUUCAAAGAGAAAGCACACUGAUGAACAGGGGGGCCUUUCAUAUGCUGAUAGACUGAAGACUGACUAUGACCUUGAUGAUGAAAGAAUGAUGGCAAGCAGAAGGGAGAACAGAGAUUUAGUGGUGGAUAAAAGAAGGGAACACAGAGCAAGUUAUCAUAAUCGGGAGGCUCGGGAAAGGGAUAGGGAUAGGAGUAGGGACAAAGAUGUUAAGAGAGAUUCAAAGAUGGAAAAAGAACAAGAGAGGAAUAGGAAUAUGGAGGUCGAUUGGGUGCUUAGAAGGGAGAAAGAACGUGAAAGGAGCCAUGAGAGGUACAGAGGGAAUUUAGAAGAAGAUAUGAGGGAAAAGGAGGAUGCUAGGGACAGGAGAAGAGAAAAGGAAAGAGAUAGGAGCUAUGAGACAGUGUUUGAGAGGGAUAGGAGAAGGGAUAAGGAAAGAUAUCGAAGUAGAGACAAAAUAAGGGGUGGUGAGAGAGACAGGGACCGGGAGACUGCUGAACAUGCUGAUAGGAGUUGGGAAAGAGAUCAAAUUAAGGAGAGGGAGAGGCGGGAUGAUAGAAGGAGGCACAAGGAUAGAGACACUUUGAAUGGCAUGGAUAAGUAUAUGCGUCAUGAGGAUGAUUAUGAUAGUCGUGAUAGGCAUAGAAAGCAUUCAAAACAAGAAGAAAUAGAAUACCACCAAGAGAGAAAAAAAAAUCCCUUACCCGUCAAGGUUUAUGAUGUAAACAAACUACAGAGAGGUCAGGAUGAACAAGAUGACUUAGAUGAGAAGGUUACAUUGCAAUUGCCUGAUCAAGAAGAGGAAGAUUUCAACAGGGUUAAAGAGGAGAGUAGAAGGAGAAGGGAUGCAAUCUUAGAGAAAUACAAGCAGCAGCAGCAACAAGUAGAACAAAAUACAGAAAAAGAAGGAAUAGAUAAACAAGCUGUAGAGAUUCCUCCUACCAUUCCUGACGUUCUUGAUGAUGUGGAAGUGGAAACAUUAUUUUCUGUCAGGAAAUCUCCUUUGGCAAAUGGGAAUGUUGCUUCUGAUAUGAUCUCUGGAGCUGUGGGCCUUGGAGAGGGUACACCUAAGAGUGAACGAGCUGAUGACAAAUUUUGUGAUGAUAUAUUUGGUGAGACACCAACUGGAGUUCAGAAAUCAUUAAAUAAAAUUCAGUCCUUAUUCUCGUACCGGUUGGUGUCUCUGUCAACUGCAAAGAGCGCUAAACAGUUAAAUGAAGUGCAGGCCUCUGAGCAAGAAAUUUUUGUGAGACUGGAGGAAGAGAACAACGAUGGAAGUCAAACAUGGUGGAACACAUUGGAGCCAUAUUGGUGGACGAUGCACAGUGGAUAG